ACAGAGUACCGCUGCGCGAGUCGUGACCUUCCCGACGUGCGUGACGCCUAACCAAGCCCCGCACCGCCCCGCCCGCCCCCGCCCCCGCCCCGCCGCAGGAGACGGGGUCGGCACGGGGCGAUGAGGAGCAGCGAGGCCAUGGAGCUCCUGGGCUUCCCUCCCUACUCCAGGCCCUCCCCUUCCGAGGUGAAGGCUGCGUAUAGAAGAAUGGUGAUGGAGUCCCAUCCUGAUCGUGUCCCAACGCAUCUGAAAUCGCAGGCUGAGUCAAAAUUCAAGGAGAUAGCAGAAGCAUAUUCUUGUUUGAAGGACGGAAGAAGAUCAGGGAGUAGGAUGGAAGUUCAUGUUAUGCGUUCUGGUGUUCCAACUAGCCACGGAAGAUCAAAUAGAACGUUGGUUAAAGCCCCGUUUCUACUCAUAAUGUUUGCAGCAGUUUCUUUUGGCGCCUUCAGCGCAUCAAGAGCGUAUCAACGGCAAAAGGAACUGUGUUCCUCUCAGAACCCAUUUCUACCAUAGAGGAAGACGGUGGGCUCUGUCCAUGUUCAUAGGCGAGAAGAGCUUCUUGCUACGUUGUAUACAGAUGUAAAACAAUCACACCAUCCUGAAUAAACGUGCCAACCUGUGCCUUCUAACUUUGUUGUUUCAGACUUUCCAAACAUGUAAAAUCACUUUUGUAUUGGUUUCC